CGUCCUAACGAAAGGUUCGGUACAGCAGGCACCCAACAUCCUGUGUGUGUGUGUAUCAGAGGCUUAGGACCGAGAGGGUAGGAUCUCUCACUUCCAUCGCGCCUGCCUUUGGAUGUGGACGUAGAGGCACAUCAUCGAGACCUCACUACAGGACGGGAUGCAGGCGUGGUGGAGUCUUGCUUUGGCGUUGGCCGCGAUGUGGCGUGUCGCGACGCCCACACCGGCGCCGCAGCUCAAUGACAGGCCUGUCAUUGGCAUUCUGGCGCAGGAGAUGGACGCCAGCCUGGCCGCGGCUGUGCACGGCGCCCUUUCGCCUCCCUCGGGCGUCCGCCUCCGGCGUGCCUUAGCGUCACCGGCCGCUGGCCCGAAGGGCGGCGAAGACGCCAAGCUGACCGAGCCGCUUGGAGGCCUCCAGUCCCAGCAAAACUACGAGUACCUCACCUUCGAGGAGGGCGAGGAGCUGCAGAAGCCGGAGGUGGAUAUCGUUCCGAACGCGGAGGCCGAGGCCAGGGCCCCCGCGGCCGCCAGCGCCCCCGCCCCUACCCUCGUCGCCAGGACCACGUCUCCCGAGGCGCCGUUGUCCUCGACCCCGACGGAGUCAUCGAAGUCCUACAUCGCCGCCUCGUACGUGAAGUUCGUGGAGACCGCCGGCGCCAGGGUUGUCCCGAUCCUAAUCAACCAAGACAAAGAAUAUUACGAGCGCAUCCUGUCUUCCAUCAACGGAGUGCUCUUCCCUGGCGGAGCCGUAGCCAUCGACCAAACCAGCGGAUUCGGACGCGCCGGUAAACUCAUUUAUGACACGGCGGUGCAGAUGAACAAGGACGGCGACGUGUUCCCGCUGUGGGGCACCUGCCUGGGCUUCGAACUCCUGAUGGGGCUGGCGGCGAAGGGCGAGGAGAUCAGGACGCGCUGCAUGGCUCAGAACUCGGCAAAUCACGUCAAGCUUGAUAAUGACUACGCCGAGGGCCACCUGCUGCGCCACAUGCCCAAGGCUCUGCUCAAAGCCCUCAUCACGAAGCCGAUCACCGCGAACUUCCACCACUUCUGCGUCACGCCCAAAAACUUCAGCGACUUCGGCGUGGACAAGGUGUACCGCCCCCUGGCCUACAGCUGCGACAAGAGGGGCGUCGAAUACGUGGCGGUGGCCGAGGCGAGGGACUUCCCCUUCUAUGCCGUGCAGUUCCACCCUGAGAAGGCCCCUUACGAGUGGACGACGGCGCCUGGACACAACGAAAUCCCACACAGUCGAGUCGCUGUUCACCUUUCGGCAUUCUUGGCUGACGUUUUCGUAAGCAGAGCCCGCCGGAGCAGCCACCGCUUCGCCAACGCCACCGAGGAGGCGUCUUCCCUCAUCUACAACUUCCCUGCUUUGUACACCGGCGCCAAGACCCCGCUGGAACAGGUCUACGUCUUCUAACGCUUUCCCCCUUUUCCCCUUCUGACUUCUUCGAAUUAUCAUUUUAAUUCCUUUGAACUGGCAUCUUCAUAUACUUAUUUUUCUUCUCCUUUAACUAUUCUAUUCUAAAUAAUUGACAGUAAAUUUAUAUUCUCUUUUUUUUUUUUUUGGCAAUUUCGAUAGCAGGCAGCAUGAAAUAAAUAUCAUUAUCACGAAAACAAUGCUGCUUAAAAAGAUUUAAUUCUUCUUCCAAAUGUAGUUUUGACGACCGUAGUAGACUGGUUUAUAUCGCCUACCUAAUAUUACAGACAGUCCAUAUCAAAUUCCUUAACAGCUGUAUACACAGAGAGAGAAAAAAUCUGGUCAUUCUGUGUCACCGAAAUAAACCGUGACGAAUAACACAUAUGUGACAGUCUGUAUCAUACAGAAGGUUUUCUAAAUAAAUAUAGACAAAAACUC